AUGCGCGUGUUCACGAUGCUGCAGGACGAGCUCGACGGCGAGUCCGACAUCGGAGUGCUGCGGGCGACGGCCAAGCAGAUGCUGCGGUCGGGCAAGCUCCUCUACAAGAAGCACGUGAAGCGGUCCAAGCGCGAGGAGAACGCGCGGCGCCGCAUGAAGAAGAGCGGCUUGUCGCCCAAGGACGCGACGGCCCACGAGAUCAAGACGCUCGUCGCGUUCAUGGACGACGCCGUCGACUCCAAGGACGUGUCCGAGGCGGCGAAGAAGUCCCUGGGCCGCGGCAAGAAGCAGCAAAUGGAGAAAUUCUUUUCGCUCGCCCACCGCCUCUACGCGGGCAGGUUGUGGAAGAAGAUCGAGACCGACGUGCUGAAGCGGCGGGCUCUCGACGCGCGCAAGGGCGCCAAGAUCGUCGACGACAGCAAGCUCAACUACUCGGCCUUCACGGCAAUGCGCAAGGAGCUCGGCGAGCACGGCACGAAGGAGAAGCGCGUCACGGGCCAGACGGUGAUCCCGUCGGCGUCGAGCGUGCAGCGCGUCAACGCGGACCUCGACGCCUACGUCGCCCAGAAGGGCCUCAUGUGCGCGGGCGAGGGCGAGAUGUGGCACGCCGACCACGGCAAGAUCAUGCCCAGCACCUUCGAGAUCUACGGCUACCAGGGCGCGUACGACGCGUCGCCCAACUCCGGCGCGUGGCGACGGCCUGGCUCAGACCCGGACGCGCCGAUCCCCAUGAUGAUCGGCUGCGCCGCCGACGAGCUGCCGUGCGAAACUGGCGUCGGCGGGACCGGUCUGAUGGCCAUGGCGAUCCACCACUGCGAUCCACGCCUGAGCAAAAACGUCCGCGAGUCGCCGCAGAUGGACGAGCACGUCCAGCCCGUCGUGCUCUACCCCACGAAGCAGAGGAAGCGCAAGCUCGACGAGAAGGCCCGCGCCGCGACGGCCUACGCCACGGCGUGCUCCGAGGGCGUCGACGACGACGCGUCCGACGACGACGACGCGGCGGAGCACGACGACGACUUCGAGGGCAUGUACCAGGCCGAGCCCAACGAGGAGGGCGACGCCUGCACGGUCCUGGCGGCGGGCAAGCUCAAGACCAAGCGCGACGAGGUCGGCAAGAACCUGGGGCCCAUGGUCGAGACGCUGCUCGCGGAAGAGGAGCGGCGGAAGGACUCGAGCAUGCCCAUCUGCUGCUGCUUCACGCUGGACAAGGUGGGCCAGUACGAGUUCGGCCCGUUCCGCUGCGCGACGGUGGGCUACCAUCUCUGCAACUUCUGCCCCUGCGCGCGGUCCAUGGCCGGCCACGGGCAGCCCGGCGGCUGCCGACGGUGUCGCGAGGCCGGAACCGAGGCGACCUGCACGCACUGGGACAUGGCGACGCCCGCGACGAAACAGUACUUCGAGGACCGCGAGAAGGCCUUGGCGGAGCGCGUGGGCACGAUGCCGGACCAGGUCUUGCCGUUCUGGCGGAACAAGGCCGAGGCGAAGGAGAUCGUGCGGAAGCUCGAGAUCAAGCUCAGGAGCGGCGCGAAGCUCGAGACCAUCGAGUCGGCGAUCCGCGCCAAAUGCGACUGCCUCACGGUGCGUGGCGCCGACUUGCCGUCGAACAAGCGCCACGUGAACCGCGCGCCGGACAAGGCCGUGCUCCGAGACGCGCGUCGAUGGGCGAAGGCGUCGGGCCGGGAGGAGCCGCCGAAGCCUACGACGCCCGAGGCCUGGAAGCAGCUCCGUGACACCCACCGUGUGCUCCUCGGCGACGCGGAGCGCCUGCUACACGUGCGCCAGGUCCUGAAAUUCUGGGAGCUCCUGAGCCCGCACGACCGCGGUCGACUCGUCUCGCGCGACGGGCACCUCCUCGACGUGACGAAGAUCGUCGAUUGCGCGCUGCAUCUGACGCUCCGAGUCAUCCACACCCUUUCACUUCUUUACAAGAUCCCUCUCCACGCUCAGAGUGGUCUUCUGGCUGCUGAAAUUGGGUCCAGGCUCGACCGCGCGACCGCGGCCAUCCAGACGGGGCUCGAUUCGGCGUCCUUCGCCCACCGCAAGGCAGAGGGGUCCGACGCGGCGGCGUGGAAGGCCGGCACGACGAAGCUGCGGGUCUUCAGUAUGCCGGCGAAGCGCGCUAAAGAGAUCGUAAGAACAUCCUUAAUAUGCAACUCAAAUCACCAAAUUAUCACCGUCAAGCACGCCAACAGCGCCGGCGGCGAGACGACGCGCAUCGUGGACGUCGGCGACGGCACGCCGACGAUCAAGGUGUCGCUGCUCGAGCGUGUCGCGGAGGAGCUUCUUCCGGACGACGCGCGACUCCCGAAGGUCAAACUCUUCCUCCAGGAGCUCAUCUUCGUGCUCCACAUCGUCAACACCAAGUCCUGGGAGACGGACCCGAGCAUGCCCGCGACCUUCCAGGGCCACGCCGACGCCAUGGGCAGGCUCAUGGUCGAGAUUUGGGGGCCCGAGAGCAUCACGCCCUACUUCCACGACAUCAUCGCGGGGCACCUAGGCCAAGUGGACGGAAACUAA